CUCCAACGAAUGCCAUAUACUCUACCUUCAAUGAAGAAUGAUCGCUUUCUUUCUUGAUACCUUUCUUGCCUUUGUUUACAUCAACUUAAUAAUGUAAAAUAGCGAUACUGCGUUGUGGAUUCCUUGAAUCUUCUUUGGUCAUAUCUCAAACAUCGAAAACAUAAAGAAUCAAGUUUUGUUUUCAUUUUUGUGAAAAUAUUUCUCUACGGUGUAGUAAAUUUCGAAGGAUUCCAACGGUAUUUAUCAGGUUUGGCUUGCCAUUCUUAAAUUUGUGCACUUCAUCUCAGUUCCCUGUAUUUUGAGUUUUCAUAAUCAUUAUAACGGAAGCUUCCAACAGUUAAGGAUUUAUCUCCUAUAACUUUCUUUUCGUCCAGGUUUAUCCUUUAUAAGUUGAAUCGAACGGCUUACUUAUCAACUAUAUAUAACCUUGAUUCUAUUAGUUCCUUCUUACCUUACUUUCAGCUUUCAGUCCUUUUUUUUUUUCUAUACAUACAGAUAUAUAUGUUAAGAAACCUAAAAUUUAGGUCAGUAAUUUCAUCUGCAUUAUGAGUUUUUUAAACUCCUGGAGAGCGUCAAAAUAUACAGUUAAGCAAAAACUAGACGACAUUGAGCUUCCCGAGAGUGCUUCCGUACUUCCUGUAACUGUACAGUUUUGCAUUAAGGAAUUUAUUUCAUCUCUUGUAAGCCCCGUUCAUCCCCAACUAUUAUCUCCUGAUGAAAUAACGAAAACCUUUCAUGACUUUUACAGAAAAACAGAUGAAUUUAUGCUUUCAACUCUAAUUCCCAAUCCUGAAUCUCCAAGUCAAGAUGUGCCUUUACUUUCCCCUGAGGAAAUGGAAACCCAGAAGAUGGCAAAGCAACACCUUGUAAAACAAAAAGAUGAAUGGAUGAAUAUUAUUGAAGGUAUCGUAUGCGAGUAUUUAUAUGACAGACUUUUCUGUUUGAGCACUAGCACCGAUGAAAAUAAAGAUGACCUUCUUAAAAAGUUCGCCUCUUCUGAAGAAAAAAACGGUUUAGUGGAGUGUCUUUCCAUUGAAGCAGAGAUAAAGAAGCGCCUUGAAAAUGUCGCAGAGACUUUCUUUGCUCUCAGUAGACUAAAAACGCCUUUGCUGAAACUGAAUCUGUUUAUGAAUGUUAGUGAAAAAAUCGUUGAGGCAUCAAAUUUGCCGAAACAAGAAUUAAAUGCUGAUAAUUUAUUAAAUCUAACUAUCUUCUGCAUAUUAUCUUUUCAGGGUUUACAAUUAGUGUCUCAUUUGAAUUUUGUUUUGCGUUUUCGAAACCCAGAUUACUUAACUGGGCAACAAAAGUAUUGCUUGACAACGUUUGAAGCUGCAAUUUCUUUCAUCCUCCGUGCGUGUCCAAAUCUACUGACCCAUUGUCCCAUGCAGGCAACGGACGAUCCUCUAUCAUUAGAGGCCUCUGCUAAGGAUGAAUUUCCGUCUUCCGAUUCUAAUCAAGCAGACCUUGAAACAAAUAAUGAACAACGAUCUUCGCUUUCAAACUUAAGAGGUUUGGGCGUAGCUCUUGAAAAAUCUUAUUCCUCUUUUGUCAAUAAAGUAGCUGGGCAUGCUCUUCGUAACUCUACUUUGUCGACAGACAACGUUGUCUCCGUUAAUGAUCCACCUCUAGAACGGUUUCUUACCGUGACAGACGCCUCCGAGCUGAAGGUCGGCGAAAUAAACAUUUUGCUUGCAGAUUACAAACGCUUAGCUCGUCUAAUUUUUGACAAACAAGUUGAAAGUUCGACCUGAUUUGUUGACUCAUCGUGUUAAAAAAUGCUGCUAGCCCAUUCUAUAAUGAUUUUAAUGUCCCAUUUUUCUUAUAAUUUUCCAUUUAGAAUCUAAUAAUUGCUUCUUGUCAUUUAUAUUCCUG